CCAGGCGCUCUCGGAUCCAGGAAGCUACACAGCCGGCUUCGGUGUGAAGAUGUGGUUUCUGUGCGCUGUGCUGCUCUCGCUGCUGUCUGCUGUCUCUGGAGGAGCAGAUUCGAAGGCCAUCACCACCACCCUUACAACCAAAUGGGCUGAUACUCCUCUGCUGCUGGAGGCCAGUGAGUUCCUGGCUGAGGAGAGUCAGGAGAAGUUUUGGGACUUUGUUGAAGCCAAUCAGAACAUAGAAGGAGAGCACGAUGACACAGAUCAAGCCUACUAUGAGCUGAUUGUGAAGAAAGCCAGCGCCUUGCUCAGCUCCGUCCAGCUGAACAUGCUGAAGCUUGCGCUCUCACUGAGAGCGUACUCUGCCACGGUGUACUCCUUCCAACAGAUAGCUUCCACUGAGCCUCCCCCUCCUGACUGCACAGCUUUUAUCAGCAUUCAUGGAGUGAAGACAUGUGAUGUAGAAAGUUUGGCAACAUUGUUGAAAACUGCAGCAGAACGACCGAAGCCUUACCUUUUUAAAGGUGAUCACAGAUACCCAGGAUCAAAUCCAGAUGCACCUUUUGUCAUUCUCUACGCUGAGCUGGGGAAACCAGAUUUCCAGAAGUUUCAUCAAGUCUUAACAUCCAGAGCUAGUGAAGGCUCAGCAACUUAUGUGCUUCGACACCACGUGGCUAAACCAAAUGAAAAGAAAGUAUUUCUGUCGGGGUACGGAGUAGAGCUGGCCAUCAAAAACCAGGAGUACAAGGCAAAGGAUGACACCCAAGUCCAAGGGGAGGAGGUGAACGCUACAGUGAUUGGUGAAAACGAUCCUGUGGACGAGGUCCAGGGAUUCCUUUUUGGCAAGCUCAAGACCAUCUAUCCAGAGCUGAAGGAACAGUUAAAGGAGCUGAGGAAGCAUUUAGUAGAAAGCACCAAUGAAAUGGCGCCUCUAAAAGUCUGGCAGAUGCAAGAUUUAAGUUUCCAGACAGCAGCUCGCAUUCUCACUGCUCCCACUGUCGAUGCCCUCAACGUCAUGAAAGACCUCAGUCAGAACUUCCCCACCAAAGCCAGGUCGAUCACAAAAACAGUGGUCAACUCUGAGAUCCGGAAAGAGAUCGCCGAGAACCAAAAGAUUUUCAAAGGAACGCUGGGGCUGCAGCCGGGGGAUUCGGCCCUGUUUAUCAACGGGCUGCAUAUAGAUCUGGACACACAAGACAUCUUCAGUGUGUUGGACGUGCUGCGCAGUGAGGCGAGGGUAAUGGAGGGUCUGCGUUCGCUGCUUGUCGAGACGCCCUUCAUACACGACAUCCUGAAGCUCAACGUCCAGCCCUCUGACUCUGACUACGCCGUCGACAUCCGCAACCCUGCCAUCUACUGGAUUAACAACCUGGAGACGGACCACAAGUACAGCUCGUGGCCCUACAAUGUGCAGGAGCUGCUCAGGCCAACCUUCCCCGGAGUCAUCAGGCAGAUUCGCAAGAACUUCCACAAUCUGGUGAUCAUGCUGGACCCGACCCAGGAGAAUACUGCUGAGCUGCUGAGUGUGGCAGAGAUGUUUUAUGAAAACAAUAUUCCUCUCAGGAUCGGGAUGGUGUUUGUGGUGUCGGACGAAGAUGACGUAGAUGGCAUGCAGGAUGCAGGGGUAGCGCUCGUCCGAGCGUACAACUACAUCAGAGACGAGGUGGACAGCCACAGCGCGUUUGAAGCCGUCAUUUCAAUGUUUAACCGUGUGCCAGUCGGUGGGCGGCUGAGCGUUGGAGAUGUUGUUAAAGUUCUGGAGAAGAGAUUUCCCUACGUUGAGGUCAGCAGUCUUCUUGGAGCCGACUCAAGCUACGACACCAACAGGAAGGAAGGGCGUGCGUACUAUGAGCAAACAGGAGUGGGCUCGCUGCCGGUGGUCAUGUACAACGGCAUCCCUUACCAGCGUGAACAGCUGGACCCUGACGAACUGGAAACUGUCACGAUGCAAAAAAUCCUGGAGACCACCUCCUUCUAUCAGAGAGCUGUCUACUUGGGGGAGCUGGCUACAGAUCAGGACGUGGUGGACUUCAUCAUGAAUCAGCCCAACGUUGUUCCUCGGCUCAACCCCAGAGUGCUGUCCACCAGCAGGACCUACCUGGACCUGUCCAACACCAACAACUACUUCAUAGACGAUUAUGCUCGUUUCUCGACUUUAGACACGAAGGAGAAGAGCGCUGCUGUAGCGAACAGCAUGAACUACAUGACUAAGAAAGAUGAUGGAUACAUCCGUCCUGUGACGUUCUGGGUGGUUGGAGACUUUGAUAAGCCCUCAGGACGCCGACUCCUUUAUGAUGCUAUCAGACACAUGAAAACCAGCAACAACGUCCGCCUGGGGAUGAUCAACAACCCAUCAGCUGCUCCGUCUGCUGAGACGAGCCAAGUGUCCAGAAUGAUCUGGGCUGCCAUGCAGACGCAAUCCGCCAAUAACGCCAAGAACUUCAUCACCAAGAUGGCCAAGGAAGAGACUGCUGCCGCUCUGAAGAGCGGCGCUGAUAUCGAACAGUUUGCUGUCGGGGGCAUGGAUUUGUCUCUGUUCAAAGGUGCGUAUGAGAGUCCCAAAGUUGACUUCCUGCUCUCCCACGCUGCCUUCUGCCGAGAUGUGCUGAAACUGAAGAGAGGACAGAGAGCGGUGAUCAGCAAUGGAAGAAUCAUCGGCCCGCUGGACGAGGACGAGGUGUUUAACCAGGACGACUUUCUGCUUUUGGAGAACAUCAUCCUGAAAACAUCUGGCGAGCGCAUCAAAAGCAAAGUGCAGCCGUUUGAGAUGGAGGAGGACCGGGCCAGCGACCUCGUGAUGAAGGUGGAUGCUCUGCUCUCCUCUCAGCCCAAAGGAGAAGCCCGGAUAGAGUACGGCUUUGCAGAAGAUCGCUACAGUGCUGUGAAGAUUCGACCUAAAGAGGGAGACGUGUACUUCGAUGUUGUUGCUGUGGUGGAUCCAGUAACGAGAGAAGCUCAGAGACUGGCUCCACUUUUAACGGUUCUGAAGCAGCUCGUGAACUUAAACUUAAGGGUCUUCAUGAACUGCCAGUCCAAACUGUCUGAAAUGCCGCUGAAGAGUUUCUACCGUUACGUUCUGGAGCCGGAGGUGGUCUUCCAGGCCGACGGCAGUUUCUCUCCAGGCCCCAUGGCCAAGUUCCUGGACAUGCCACAGUCCCCGCUCUUCACCCUGAACCUGAACACUCCUGAGAGCUGGAUGGUGGAGUCUGUGCGCACCCGCUAUGACCUGGACAACAUCUACCUGCAGGAGGUGGAGAAAAUGGUGGCAGCAGAGUAUGAGCUGGAGCAUCUUUUGUUAGAAGGCCAUUGUUUCGACGUGGGCUCGGGUCAGCCUCCACGUGGCCUUCAGUUCACUCUGGGAACUGCGUCUGAGCCGGUGAUGGUGGACACCAUAGUCAUGGCAAACUUGGGUUACUUUCAGCUCAAAGCCAACCCCGGUGCCUGGAUGCUGAAGCUGAGGAAGGGACGCUCCGAUGACAUCUACAAGAUUUACAGUCAUGACGGCACGGACUCGCCGGCUGACUCCGAUGACAUCAUCGUCGUGCUGAACAACUUCAAGAGCAGAAUCAUUAAAGUGAAGGUCCAGAAGAAGCCUGACAAGUUGAACGAGGAGCUGCUGAGCGAUGGAACGGAGGAGAAUGACACUGGUUUCUGGAAAUCUCUGGCCAGAGGUUUCACAGGCGGGGGGAAGGUGGAGGAGCCCAAACAAGAGAAAGAUAACGUGAUCAAUAUCUUCUCGGUGGCCUCGGGGCAUCUCUAUGAAAGGUUCCUCAGGAUUAUGAUGAUGUCGGUUCUGAAAAACACCAAAACCCCCGUCAAGUUCUGGUUCCUGAAGAACUAUCUGUCCCCAACUUUCAAGGAGUUCAUUCCUCACAUGGCGAAGGAGUACGGUUUCCAGUACGAGCUGGUCCAGUACAAGUGGCCCCGCUGGCUGCACCAGCAGACGGAGAAGCAGAGGAUCAUCUGGGGCUACAAGAUCCUCUUCUUGGACGUGCUGUUCCCGCUCGCUGUGGACAAGAUCCUGUUUGUGGACGCCGACCAGAUUGUGCGCACCGACCUGAGGGAGCUGCGGGACUUUGACCUGGAGGGCGCUCCGUACGGUUACACCCCGUUCUGCGAGAGCCGCAGGGAGAUGGACGGCUACCGCUUCUGGAAGUCCGGUUACUGGGCGAGCCACCUGGCCGGACGCAGAUACCACAUCAGCGCUCUGUAUGUUGUCGACCUGAAGAAGUUCAGGAAGAUCGCUGCAGGAGACCGACUCAGAGGACAGUACCAGGGACUGAGCCAGGACCCAAACAGCCUGUCCAACCUGGACCAGGAUCUUCCCAACAACAUGAUCCAUCAGGUUCCCAUAAAGUCUCUGCCUCAGGAGUGGCUGUGGUGUGAGACGUGGUGCGAUGACAGCUCCAAGAAGAGCGCGAAGACCAUAGAUCUGUGUAACAACCCGAUGACCAAGGAGCCCAAGCUGCAGGCUGCGGUCCGGAUCGUCUCAGAGUGGACCGACUACGACCAGGAGAUAAAACGCCUGCAGACCCGAGUCCAGGAGAACCACACGCCGGAGGAGCAGAGAACAGACGUCCACUCAGAGCUGUGAGGACGAGCCGCUGGACUGGACUCUGCUCCCAGUCCGAGCCUCCUCUGUGACAGACUGACCACAAGCUGGGUUUUUGUACGGGCAGUAAGAAUGUACUUUGUGGAGCAAACUAGUUUUUUUUACCGUUUUCUGUUCUGGACGUUAGUUUGCACUGAUUCUGGU